UUCACGUCAUAUUUGUUUGUAUCGUUGACAACAAUGUGGAUAUGCAAAGGAUGAUAUAUUACAAAUAUUUCCGCUCAAAUGAAACAGUACUUGUACUUCUUUUUUUCCAUAGGAUCAAUCGUUUUUGUGUCAGUGAUAUUUGCAAUUAUUACUUCUCACGUAAGCUUAAUGAAAAAUGUUAACGUCAAGAAAAGCUAUAUCCCAAAGAGCAUCGUUGCAGGUAGUCUGAGAAAACCGAAUUCGUCAAUCCUAGUGUUGUAUUGGUCUAAAGUUUUCGAUGACCAUGUACAAAUUACUUCCCCGGAGAAACGACACAAUUUUCCAUUUUUCUCGGCUGUCAAAGAUUGUCCUGUGAAUGUGAACUUACGACAAAUAAAAGUCGUAUCGGUCAUGUGUCUGCCUUAGUUAUACAUGGCGGAAAUACUGAAGAAAUGCCAAAUUCACCAGAAUACGACUCAAUACCCUGGAUAUUUCAUACGAACGAAAAUCCUGUGUUUAACAAGGCAACUCCUAAUGAAAAAAUUAUGGCUAAGUUUACAUAUACGGCUACCUAUCGCUUGGAUUCGGAUUUUCCAUGUCCUCAAUUCACCCAGCCUAGCUUGUCGAAGCCUUUUCCUUUCGAGAAGAAAACAGGUUUUGUUAUAGCCAUCUACAGUCAUUGCGAAAACGUUCGCACUUUAUACAUGCAUCGGUUAAUGAAGCAUAUUCGUGUGGACUCGUAUGGGAAAUGUCUAAGAAAUAAGCCAAGAUUACCAGAAGGAUUUGAUAAAAUACAACCGCUUAUCGGAAAAUAUAAAUUUACAUUGGUUUUUCCAAAUUCCGACUGCGAUUAUUACACAACUGAAAAAAUGUUCAAUGCGCUAUCGUCCGGGUCUGUUCCUGUAUGGAUGGGUACCGACAAAAUAGACGAGAUUUUAAAAUGGGGUAAUCUAAAGAAUGCUGUUAUAAUGGUACGGGACUUUAAAUCUCCACGUAAAUUGGGUGAUUACCUCACCUGGCUCGGCAACAACAAGAGAGCUUAUAACAAAUUUUUGAGUUGGAAAUAUGAAGGGUUCGCAUUUCCAAAGAACUACCUUAACUCCCCUAUUGGACUGUGGUGGGAAGGCUGGCCCCUCUAUUGUCAGGUUUGCAUGAGAUUGUCAAACGACAAGGGAUUGAAGAGGCAGUUACCUGCGGACAGGUGUGACGGCAAACAAAGACGGACUCUUGAAAAAUGGAUUAGAGAGUAAUACCUUCUUUAUCAUAAGGUAUUAUGGAGGAAACUUGUGACUUAGUGAGGAUUCAAAACACAAGCAUGUCAUACUAUGUAGGCAAUGCAAUUAUCAUUAGUUACUACAAUCAUUCUUGCAGUUGCCUUCGCCUUAAUGAAGGAGGUUCACAUGAUGAAUAAUACAAACCACUCGCUCUUGCAAGGGAGGUUAUGUGCAAGGAAGGAUAUGUUGGAAUUAGUUUCAUUUGAUACUUGCUAGGGUAUCAUAUCAUGAUUCCAACAUUUGCAAACAACAAUGAGAUGGUACCUUUUUUGUGUUUCUUAGGUGAACUAAAGAGAUUUAUAACUUUUGACGUUAAAAACAUUAAAACAAGUACAUUUUUAUCGCAAAAAAACACGUAUGUUUUAAUGUAAACAUUUUAAACCACCAUCAUGUUGGGUAGCGUUCAUCUAAUGAGUUGUAUUCAGGAACUUUAAAACCAAA